CUCUUUUUUAUAGCGCGCAGCCCCCUUGAAGAGACAUUGAAGGACGCGUCGCUCCUUCGUCCAUGGCAUCAUCAUCCAUAGGCAAUACUGCGCUUCAUGCUUCGCUAUGGCGUUCUCCGCAAUAACACGAUCUGCGGGUCUCCGUUCACGUCCUUCCCUCAAUCAUCGGUUUCUCCCUCUCUCCUUUCUAUGUACCAACCCCCGUCCUCAGCCACGUUCUUUUCCUCGCAUUCCAACUACCAGCAUGUCUUCGACCGCAGCUCGCCAUUCAACGGCGACCAGCCAGCAGCCUCUCGCUAUAGGAACACAGAUCACGUCACCCUCUGGGAAGUCCUACAAAAUUGAUGAGAUCAUUUACCAGAGGUCGAGGGGAAGCAUGCUAUGCUGCUUGUACCGUGCAAGCCACGAGGGUAAGCAGUAUGUACUCAAGGACAUUCUGCCGGGUGACUUCCAGUACAUCCUGGAGCUACAGAAGCUCGUCGACUGCUCAGCCCACGUCCGAACGCUUGUUGACAGCAUUCCCGAUCGCCACAUGUUUGUAUACCCUUUCCUCGACACGAACCUACAGCUGGUCGAGACAACGGCAAUUCCCCCCUCUGUCAAAAAGAACAUAUUGAGGGAUGCGCUCGCCGGCUUGGCCGACCUUCACGACAAGGGCAUCUAUCAUACAGAUAUUAAACCAGCCAACAUCAUGAUGAACUCAUUCAAACAGAGCGAUGGCACCAUUGCGUUCAAAAAUGUGCAGAUCACGGAUCUGGAGGACGCCGUGGUGCUUCCUCCCGACUCUCAGGGCCUCGGCAAGCGCCUCUCGGGAAACCAGUUCUGGAGGAGCCCCGAAGCAUGGGCGAGAGCAGCACAACAUACCCCCGCCGACAUCUUCUCUUUCGGCAUCGUGGCUAUAUACGUCUGGCUGAACAGAAUGGUGUUCUACUCCGACGAGGCAAACCAAGCCGCGGACCCGUCCGAUAUGAUCCUCAGGCUGCACGUUUCUCAUUUCGUCAACGACAUCGACGACUUCGACGGCUUCGUCGAGUACCACGGAGGAGAGGAAGCUCCGUUCGUCCAGCGGUUCAUCGGACUCCUCGAUUCGUUCAACGGCGAGGACAAGAAACGAAGGCCCUUCAGCCGGUGGUAUCCGGUGGACCCGCAGUUCAAGGACCUCGUUUGCAAGAUGACCUGCCUCGAUCCGCUGCGGCGGAUCACUGCCCGGGAGGCAUUGCAGCACCCUUGGUUCAGUGAGUAAGGUGUCGUAGGGCAGAGGGCGCGCACGCCGUCGGUGGGCGGCAGGGCAUGCCGGGUCUCCGUG